AAAUCUAAUUAGUGCCAGUUUUAUACAAAAAAUAAAUCAACAAUAUGACUACCGAAGCAGAGGAAAAAGCUCUUAGGUAUAGAAGGGCGCAAAGUGUAACUAAAGCCGAGGAAAUCACUGAAAAAGAAAACAAGGCUCGUAGACUUCAAUUUGAUAAACCAUGCCACAAACCAAGAGAUUCCUUGUUUUCAUGGAGUUCUGAGUUCACAAACUUCACUGGCUUAGUGAAUUGGGGCUUUCUGAUGCUAACUAUUGGUGGUGUUCGUCUGUUUUUAGAGAACAUUCUCAAGUAUGGAAUUCGAGUUAAUCCUAUUGAAUGGAUCAUUGUGCUUACAGGGUAUAAUGAAGGCAAUAAUUACCAGUUCCCAUCAGUCAUUCUUUUAAUAUUCAGUGUUGUACCAGCUGUGACUACUCUGCUGAUUGAAAAAGCUGUAGCUGUGGAUAUUUUACCAGAAAAGUUAGGUCUUGGUUUACAAAUAUCAAAUAUUUUAUUUGUGAUAAUAUUGCCUGUGGUUGUGUUGCAUUUCAAAGGACCAGAAUUUAGUUUUGUGGGAAUAACAACAGUGUGUAUGAUCUAUUUGAUUUUAUUCCUUAAGUUGUGGAGCUACACACAAACAAAUCACUGGUGUAGAAAUGGAAUGAAGGGAAAAAUGGCCAAGCAUAAACUGAGAAGGCAAAGCUUAUCAGCACCUAAUUGGAAUAAACUAACGCACCCUGAACAAGAGCAGAGUUUCGACGAUGACAAGAAUGACGCGAUCGCAGCGGCUCGUCUCGUCAAGUACCCCGAUAACCUGCACCUUAAAGACCUGUGCUACUUUCUGUUCGCCCCCACCCUGUGUUAUGAGUUGAAUUUCCCCCGCACGACACGGAUAAGGAAGAGGUUCCUAGUCAAACGCCUGCUGGAAGUUAUGUUCGGGAUAAACCUUGUUCUAGCACUGUUCCAGCAAUGGAUGAUACCGUCUGUCACCAAUUCUGUGGAUCCAUUCUCUCAAAUGGACCCGAUCAAGAUUACUGAAAGACUCCUCAAACUUUCUGUGCCGAACCACUUAAUCUGGCUGUGCUUCUUCUACCUAAGCUUCCAUUCGUUCCUAAACCUGAUGGGCGAGCUCCUUCACUUCGCCGACCGCAAGUUCUACGGCGACUGGUGGAACGCGAACAACAUCUCCGUGUUCUGGAGCACGUGGAACAUGCCGGUGCACGUGUGGGCCGUGCGCCACGUGUACAUCCCUAUCACGGAGAUGGGGUAUAGCAAGGUGGCGGCCAGUGCUGUCGUGUUCUUCAUAUCGGCUUUCUUCCACGAGUAUUUAGUCAGCGUGCCUCUUCAAAUGUUCCGAAUCUGGGCGUUCCUUGGGAUGAUGGUGCAGCCUCCUCUAGCAGUGAUAUCGCGCUUCGCAGAGCUGAAGUUCGGCCCCCGCUAUGGUAACAUGAUGGUGUGGGCUUCCCUCAUCCUCGGCCAGCCACUGGCUAUCAUGAUGUACUACCAUGACUACGCUCUGGAACACUUCAAACCCAUACAAUAAGAACCAGACUGCAAUCAAAACACAACUCUAUUACUUACAUGUAAGAAUACUUUUCUAUUAUAUUUCGAAACAUGGGCCUCGCUGAUUCUGGGUCAGCCAAUAGUCAUCAUGAUGUACUACCAUGACUACGCUCUGGAACCCUUCAAGCCUAUGCAAUAACAGCAAUCAAAACAAAACUUCAUUCCUUACAUGUAAGAAUACUUUUCUAUUACAUUUCAAAACAUGGGCUUCACUGAUUCUCGGUCAGCCAAUAGCCAUCAUGAUGUACUACCAUGACUAAGCUCUGGAACACUUCUAGCCCAUACAAUUACGGCAAUCAAAACAAAACUCUAUUCCUUACAUGUAAGAAUACUUAUCUAUUCAACUCGAAACUUGGGUCUCGCUGAUCCUCGCCGGCAGCGGCUGGCUAGCGAGCCAUUUAUCAAUCAAUCAAAAAACAACUCUAUUCCUUACAUGUAAGAACACUUUUCGUAUUUCAUCUCGAAACGUGGGGCUCUCUGAUCUUUGCUUUGUCGUUGGUCAUUAUGAUGUCCUACCAUCACUACGCUCGCGAACACUUCAAGCCGAUUCAAUAGCUCGCUGUAAUAGAAACACAACUCUAUUUCUUACAUGUAAGAAUACUUUUCUAUCGCGUCUGGACAUCGCGUGCAAUAUACAGUCGACUGCACAUAAAAAUACAUUUCCGUUACAAAAAGACACCUAAUUACAACUAUUUAAGAUCAGUUUUUAGAUUGAUGUUCUCUGUGCUGUCGACUGUACAAAGGUAUUUAUUUAUUAAGGUACAGCAAAAGAUUGCAAAUCAUGUAUAGUAUAGUCAAUCACAUAUAGUGUAUAUUUAGAGAGAGAGAGAGAGUGUUUUUCGCAUAUAAUUGCAACGUUAUUUGCGCGAGACUCUUUCUGCAAAAAUUGCAAUCAAAAUAAGGCUCUAUUUCUACUAAUAAGAAUACUUUUUAUAUGUAGUGUCUCGAAAUUAUACAGAUUAAGCAAUGUACAAAGAAGAUACGUGUAUAUUUGAAAAAUAGAAGUGCUUGCCAUUAAUAAUAAUAUCAGAAAUUAGAUUUUUAAGAUGAAAUUAAUUAUUAUGUAUGUAAAAAUAUAUGCAAUUGGUUGAUUACUAAUACUCAGAUGAUGAAGAUUAUUAUUGUACAGGGGUUAGAUAAAUACUAAUACAGAGUCAAAGAAAAAUAAUUAUACCAAAAAUUUUGUUACAAUAGACAUUAGAAUUAGACA